CCAGCUCCCUUUUCUAACCUAAAUAUACACACACCAAAUACACUCAAACACACACAUUAGCUGCGCCCCAUCUCUUCUUUCUCACUCUCUCUCUCGCCUUUCUCUCUCGGACCUCUCUCUCUCGUUUUCUGCCGUUCUGCCGCCGCCGCUGCCGUUCAACGGCGCCGUCGCCGCCGGCGAGCGGCGCGGCUUCUCCUUCUCUCUCCCUGAACUUUUCCCCCCCUCUUCUCCUCUAUCUCUCUCGCUCAAUCUCGGCCGCUGGAAAGGCACAGCAAGCGCAACCACGCCGAUGUGCCGCCAUCGCCGGGCCGCCGCCUGCUCCCUCAUCCUCGCGGCAGAUCCGCCGCCGCCGUUCAACGCCACGGCCGCCUGGAGCUGCUGCUGUUCGCCUGAGGUCGACGGAUCUGGCCUUCAGUCGUUCGUCUUGCUCGGAGUUCCCGCCGCCGUUGGCUUGCCCGGAGUCGCCGCUGGCUGGCCCGCGAUCGACGGCCAGCAGCUCGCUGGAGGAGCCGAGCACCGUCUCACAAAGAUCGGAGACAACCGCGGCUCCGUCGCCGUCCGUCAACCGCCGGCGACGACGAGCCACCGAGGCUGCCCUCCCCCUGACCUCGACUCACACACGCAAUCAGCCAACACAAAGGGUUUUUGUGCGAGGAUCAUAUACUGUAAUUGCUCAAAUAAAAGUUUUAACUCUUUCCUUGUAACUUCAGUUCACAAGUACAUAUUUAGUAACUGUAAAUCUAUGAAUUUGCUACUCAUUUUCUUCAUUUAUCAAAGCAUAUGUAAAUCUGAGUUAAUGAGCAUGUGUUGGUAUUCUGGAGUUGAUGUAUACAAUUGAAGGAUAUUAUAAUAUAUAAAUUAGAAAUAUAAA